AUGAACACCAACGUCUGCGUGGAGCCGGGGCCGGGCCCCGAGGCGCCGGGGCUGCCCAAGGAGAGCCACCUGCCCGAGGGCGCGCUCAACAGCCUGGUGGAUUACAACUCGGAGAUGGAGCGCUACCGCUCCUUCGCCUCGUCCUUCUACAAGAGCGGCGGCGGCGCCUUCCCGCAGGCCGCCAAGAUCGCGCGCAUCACCACCCCCAUCUUCCCCAGCAGCGCCGCCGCCGCCGCGGCCGCCGCGCGCAUCGGCAUGUCCCCCUGGACCUGCGACAACGCGGCCACCGCGGCCGCCGCCACCGCCAUGCUCUGGGGCAGCGGCGGGGGCGGGGGCGGCGGCGGGGGCGGCGGCGGCGGCGGCGGCGGCGGGGGCGGCGGGGGCGGCAGGAAGUCCUCGGCCGCCGCCGCCGCCGCCGCCGCCGCCUCCUCCGCCGCGGCCUCGGCGGCGCUGCUGCCCGGGGGGCGGCGGCGGCGGCGGCGGCGGGGCGGCGGCGGCGGCGGCGGCGGCGGCGGCGGCGGCGGCGGCGGCCGCGCGGGGCUGCACGCGCGCGGGGACGCGGCGCGCCUGGGCAAGGCGGGCUGCGCGGCCGAGCCCGCGCUGCAGAUGGCGAACGGCAACUUCCUGCCCGCGCUGGCGCCCGAGCACUGCCGGCCGCUGGCGGGCGACUGCGUCAACAAGCUCAAGUGCGGCGCGGCCGACGCGGAGCUCAUGAACCUGCCCGAGCGCGUGGGCGCCUUCCCCGCGCUGCCCGCGCUCGGCGGCCUCUCGCUGCCGCCCGGCGUGAUCGUCAUGACGGCGCUGCACUCGCCCGCCGCCGCCUCGGCCGCCGUGUCGGACAGCGCCUUCCAGAUCGCCAGCCUGGCGGACUGCCCGCCCGGGCCCGCCGCGCCCGCCGCCGCGCCCGCCGGCUCGGGCGCCGCCACGCCCGCCAAGAAGAAGCGGAAGCGCUGCGGCGUGUGCGUGCCCUGCAAGCGCCUCAUCAACUGCGGCGUGUGCAGCAGCUGCCGCAACCGCAAGACCGGACACCAGAUCUGCAAGUUCAGGAAGUGCGAGGAGCUCAAGAAGAAGCCGGGCGCGGCGCUCGAGAGAACGCCUGUUCCCAGCGCCGAAGCAUUCCGAUGGUUCUUUUAAAGCAGUAGUUUAUCUUAUUUUCAAGGCAUUUGGAAGUGAAGGGCACACUAGUGUCUUGUUUUAAGAAACUGCUUAGUCCACCACUGAAGAAAAUAUCCAGAUAUUAUUUUCAUUUUAUGUAUCGGGGUUUCUUCAAAAAAAAAAAAAAAAGGAAAAGAAAAGAGAAAAAAGACCUUUAAAGAUAAUCUGGGAGCGUGGGGAAUCGGCCGGUCUAUUUCAUUUCGAUACACUGAAUCUUUCUUUGAUGUAAUUUAGCUAUCCUAGUGAAGUUGUUGUCUAUUUUGAAAGUGACUGUAAAAAAAAAAAUAAGUUUGGGUAAACCCCUGCUGUAAAAUCAUGUAUCUUUGCAAAGUACAUAUCUAUACUUCAUUUUCAAAUAUAUGUGUUUCAGUACUGUAAACUGUACAGAUAGCAGCUUGUAUUUUGUGUGUUUGGACACAAGGAGACAAUCACGUCUGAGCAUCUAUGGAGAUUAACAGUUUGUACACCACAGUAUGGUUCUGCGAGUUAAAUCUGGAGCAAUAAAUUUUAGCUUUAAAUAUUUUUUUGCCAGUUGUUUCUAGAAGCAACGACAGCCGUGGCGCGUUGCGCUGCGCCCCUCCCCGCAGAGACUCGCUGCCAAGUCUGACAAAACUCAAGGCUGAUGGUGCGUCCGGCAGUGGCCCUCCACCGUCUUGCUGUAAGAGGGGACGGUGUUGCCAGCGCCUCGGUGGACACGGAGCACUGUCGUAGGGUAGUGUCCUGCCAGGCUCCGCACCCAGACGCUGUGCAGAGCAUGCAGCUCCGACGCUGGCUGGCGCGGUUGGUUGGUCCGGGGUCGCACUGUCAGGCGGAGAACUCGGACUAGUUGGGACAUGCAGAUGAUCAGUUGUGUGAUUUUUUUAAGCGGUGUCUUCUAGGGUACAGGAUGAAGUCUCUUAUCUUAGGGGAAGAAAUCCAUGACUAACUUCUUUUCCAAGCCCAACAUGAGCUGUAGGUAUUUUUUGUUGAUGGUUUGCUUUUUCUUUGGGUAGGGAAAUAAACCCUAUAUCAAAUGUAUCCAAAUGUUUUAAUUCCAUGUAUGAUAUUAAACAAGGGUAGUUUUGUCUUAAAAUUUGACUACAUGAAGGUGCCCUGCAUCAAGGCGUGACAGGGUGUAUUUUUAAGUAGAAGCGAAUCAACUACAUUCAUAAAAGUGAGGCUUUUCCAUCUCUUCCUCCUAGCCUCCCAGGGUGCUCCAUUGCUUUCGCCCCUCUCAUUUCUGAGAGGGGUUUUCCUUGCUUUCCUUGCCCGGGAGGCAGGGCCACACAGCCCCAACACUGCCACAGAGCUUCGCAGGGCCGGCGCUCAUUUCUGGGAGGACCAGGUAUUUUUAGGGCAGCCUCAGUCUCUACGGUGGUCCCAUGGGACAAAUAUGAUUUCUGAUGACACAAUAACUAAGAAUUUUCUUCCUUCUGCAAAGACCAUUUUCAGCUUCAGGAGACUAGCAGAGUUUGGCAGAAACACACAAAGUAACAUCUUGUCCUUUAUCCAUUAGUUAUCUUAGCCUCUGACACCCAUUAGCCUCCAGGAAAAUGUUACCAAAAUGGAUCACAUGGAGAAAAAUAACUUGAGAAGGAAAAGGGCGAUGAAAAACACUGGACAUUUUAGAAAGAUCAGCAAAGGAAUAAUUUUAAAAGGCUAGUUGCAGACUUGAGCGGGAAAUAAUAUGACAGGUCUUUAAGAUGUGUGGAGGGCAUGACAGGAGGGGGUGAGUCCCCUCAAAGCCAACGUGGAAAACCUGCAUUACUUCUCUCCCUGGAGCACUGAUGAGCCCCAAGUCCAAGUUAUGGCCAAAUGGGCCUUGUCAGGAAAAUUGGUCAGGUAUUGCCUGUCCAUGUCUAGAGACAGGAAUUAGCUGCUCACACCCUCGGAUGUGCUGUAGGUCCAUUUGGAGACAGCAUUCUACUUAGUGGGUAGCCCUUCUAGGGGCUCUAGUUAGAAUUUCUCCUUCUGCUGUGGGACCAAUGAGAGCCAUGGGCGCCGCUCUUCCGUGUUUAUUUUGCUUUGCUGCUUAAAAUCCACCUGCUAAUUAAUUACAGAUCAGAAGAAACAUGUUCACACUUGAAGGGUAAGCUCUUCUAGCUUUCUGGAAAAUGACGACUGUCAUGGAAGUGAAAUGAACUUGGACUCAGGCACCAUCAGGCCCCAACCAGACCUCAUGGCAGGGCACGGAGUCCAGAACGCAGGCUGGUGCGGUGGUCUCGGUGUGUUUCUGCUUGUUUUCUUAAAGAACUAAUUAAUCUGUAUGUUGUACAAUGUGGUGCUUUACAUAUCAAUUCAGUUUUUUAAUGAAAGGAAAUUUGUCGAUAACCGUAAUGGAAAAGUAUUGCUUUUCUUUAAUUCUCUUACGUGUUUAUUCCUGAUACUGUUCUUUUACACCACCCACUUUUUAGAUGUUUUUGGUGUAGCUCUAUUUAUAUGAUGUAGGGUGCAUAUAAAGUUCUCUGAUGUGGAAGAAAAAUAUUUCUGUCUGGCCCCCCUCUACUUCUCCUCCCUGUCAGUCCGGGUACCCGAAACUUGUAAAGCAUAUCAUUGCGACCCUACGGGAAUGAUCUGAAAGGUUUACAAUUUCCAUGAGUCUAAAAUACCAAUGAAAUGUGACUUUUAUGUAUGUUUCAUAUUCAAUACCAGGAAAAUUCAGAAUGUAGUGACGAGAAUGCGCAUUGUGUGGACUAUCCAUAUCCAUACAACUGAGAAAUCACGUAUCAGGUCAGCCAAGCUCAGACCCGCUUCAGAGGCCUCUACACUGGGUGGGUGCGGACGAGGGGACCUCCGCUCUGUCGGCGUCUGGGGAGUCUGGGCCACCCUUGGGGAGACGCAGGCAGCGCCCUGCACCCAUGCACCUGCACCCAGCACCCCCAGGGCACCUGAGCCUACCUCCCUCGAGUCCCAGCCUCCUAGCACGUCUAGAACACAGGCCCCAACUUGUGUACGGGUGGGUGGAGGCAUGGUCCCAAAGUAGUGGUGAAUGUCCCUCUGCUCGGGAGAGAAAGCAGGCAUGUCUUCCCCCAGGGGAAGAUGGCGCAGGGGCCUCUGCUGGCUGACAUCCGGCACCCGUCUUCCUUCUCCCGAAUGCCAACAUUUCUAGGGGGCAGGAGAUGGCGGGGUCGUGAUGAACAACACCCACAACGACCGAAAGAAAGGGCCUACCCUUCCCUCAGAGUCAGGCCUGUGCACCAUAGUCAGUACGAAAGCAUGUGAAGUCUUGGGCUGAUCGUGUCUGCUCAAGGAGAAGAGGGAGCGAUCGUGACCCGCGGUGGGGGCUGCACCCCCAGACCUGGCCGGGCCAAGCUCGUGGCUCCCGCCACAGCGGAAUGUUCCCCGUUUUUUGUUUCUGUUUUUCUUUAAAUUUGGCAGUUUCACACUGAGAUCUGUAUCCUAGUGAAUAAAAGACAGCCACUAUGUUAGGAGGGAUUUCCACUCCCACGAGGGCGAGGAAGCCAGAGGCGAUUUGGAAGACGCGCCCACGCGCUCCUGUCACUGUGUCCCCCUGUCCGAGCUGUGCGGAGAUCUAUUACAUUCUCUACUAGGUAUUUGUGUACGGUGUAUGUAUGCUUGUGCAAUUAUAAAAAAAAAAAAGUUUUGGAAAAACAGUGUAUUUAUUAAAGAAAAUCACUUAUGGGGCAUGUACAAAAUUGUAAAAAAAAAAAAAAACUUAAAAAAACACAUUCAAUUUGCCCAGUAAAGUUGUUUUUGUGAAAUUUCUGUGUUGUUGAAUAAAGGACUUUAGUAU